ACUCUACUGUGUACAAAGCUAAAGAAUUUCCAAGCUCACGGCAACAGGUUUCAAUUUCCUGAAGUCUUGAAAAUGGGUACAGAAUGGGCGAUGUGGGCUAAUGAACAAGGUGUUAUCGCCAGUGUUGGUAAGUAUGAGUGUUAGAAAACUGGUUACUACCUAAACUUAAAUAGCAAAGCCAAGCUGGUAUACUUUCAUGUAUAGUAUUUUACGUAAGAUCUGAGUCGCUUUUAUUAACGGUGACCAACGGUGCUCGAUGAACCAAAAGCCUGCAAAGUCGAGUGAGCGUAACAUAAGCAUUUUUCAUUUGUGGUCAUUUUCUGCCGCAGUUGUUUUUCUUUGAACUCCAAUGAUACCCGAGGAUAGUUGUGUGUGUGUGUUUGUGUGUUUAGUCUUUGUAAACGUUGAAUCCUUUCAUCGCCUCUAAAAUUUCGUGCUUUGAAAUUUUUGUCGUGUUGAUGUGACACAUCAGUGACCUUUCACAAUCACGUUUUGCUACUUGACAGGCCAAUAUAAGCUUAAGCACUUCCCUAUUAAAGUAAAGCUUAUAUUCACCUAUUUUUAUUCCCAUUUCAGUUUUACUUAUCGGAGGAAUACUUGGAACAGCCGCACAGUUUGACAAAUGGUAUUUUGCAGCCUACUCUCUGUAUCUUUUUCUACUUCCAUUGAAGUAUGUGUAGGCAUGGGUGUUAGAUUGUGUUUAUGCUAAUACCUGUUUUGACGCAAGUCGUGAUCCUAAACGGAAUACGUAGACAAUAUCAGUAUGCGUCAUUAUGACUCAAGUAGGAAUAAUAUUUUUCCUAAGGAUGAUGAAUAUUGGUAAUAAUGUGCAAAUUCAAUUAUCAUUUUUAUCAAUGAAUUUAGCAUUUAUUAUUUUCAUUUAGCAUUGACAUGAACAAUUUUUCAACACUGUGUAGAUGAGUGAUAAUAUAAUAUAAGUUGAUAAUAUAAUUUUAGAAAGGGUCAGUGACUGUAAAGAAGUUAUGGUCAUCUUUUACUUGACGUCUGUAUUAUAACGUAACAAUGAUGCCCAUCAAAAAUACCCUUGUUAUUAACUCAACUAUUUUGGUAUUAAAAUCCCUUUGUUGGCACUGAAUUUCAAGUAUCAACUUUUCACAAAGUUUAAAAAACUUCUAUCAAGCUGGUUUGGUGUUACUAUUAAUUUUCACUAUAAAUAACAUGUCACGUGCUGUCUAAUUCACUCUGCUAAUAUUAUAAUGCCAAUUACACAUCCUUGUUCACUAUGGAACUUAAAGAAUAACUUGUGAAUGACAAAAUCACAGCUUUGUGUCAAGUUUGUCUAUCCGAGCCUCUUUUGUCAUGUUAAUAUCACUUGUUGCUGCCAGUUCCCAUCAUAUAAAUUAUCAUAUAUGUGGUGACACAGAUCCUUUAAUUUCAUUAAAGAAGUGGUCUCUAAAACACCCUCAAAAGCUGAAUGAUAACCAGACACAAAUCCGCUCUGGUUUUUUAAUUGAUCUGUCCUGUGAUAUCGGUUACACUGUAGUAAAGAGCUUGUACAAGUGAGUUGGAUUCAGGGUCUUUUUUGCACCUCACAGUGUAUUAUCACAAGAACAAUUUAAUAGUCACUGUUCUUGUAUUAUUGAGUACUAAAUGCAACUCCAAUAUUUCCUGAAUUAAAACUGUGAAUAACUUGUAUAGGAACACCACUAAUUUAUAGAUAUUAUGCCCACUACUGGGUUUAUUACCAUUUUAUAAUAUUGAUCAUCCAACAUAACCAUUGUUUGUGUUUGUGGUAUUAGCCUAACAGAUAAAUAUACAAGUUUCUUUUAAGUUGUUCCAGGAAAUGUGAAACUUCUUUAACUAGUUUGAUCAGAGGUUUAGGAAUUCUUAUUUUGGUGAUUGAGUAUCCAAGAGGAAAAAGAGAGAAAGGGAAAAAGACCGUUGAAAGAUGGUAAGAUGUGUAAAGUGAUUGUGUUUAAUAUCUUGUGAUUCAGCAAUUUAUAUGUUGUGCAUGCUUGUUAUCACGUACCAUCAAGUUUGAGAAACAAUAUUUAUAAAGUGAGGUGGCAAUAAAUUUUUAUUUUUAUCUUUUUACAAGUUAUCAAGAAAGCCUUGGCUACUUACACAAAUAAUGCAAGCUUGAUAGUACUAUUUAUAAAGAUUAUUUUUAAUGCUAUUUCAGGAACCAGAAACCUUUUACAAGGUUUGUCCAGUUCUUUGGAGUCCUUGGAAGAAAUUACUGGGUUCGAUUUGUGUUUUACAUUCUGUAAGUAGCAAUUAUUAAUAUUUUAAUACUCAAUAUGCCAUUAGCACUUUAAUUGGCCACCACGUUUUUCUGAUCACGUUUAUUUACUCAGACAGCUUAAUUACAGCAAUUCUGCCAUUAAUAUCCAAAGUUUAUGAGCGUGUGACUCAAUAAGUCUUAAGUCUAACAACCAUUCAAAUGUAGAUUGAGACUUCUGACUCAUGUUGACUCUGGUAAUCUUUUUAUUGUGAUUAUUUUUAAGUAUUUUCAAACAUAUAGAUAAUUUUUUUGUGAUUUUUGAUUUUUUUGCAUUUCUGAUAGUUAAUUAGUUACUAGUUACUAGUUACUAUAGUUACUACCUCCCUUCUGACAUUGUAUCUGCUAAUCUUAUGAUACUUUUAAGAGCAUGUUAAGUGAAUACUUAUGAGGAGAUUAGUAAGAGGUGACCCUCUACCAGUAUUUAUUUUUUUAUUAUUAUUAUUAUUUAUUUUUUUACUAAAUUUUAAAUCUUUUUCUUCUCAAUUUAUAUUAGUGUGAUAACUGUACAUAGUUUCUGCCUACUAAUAAAAUAGAUGUAGAUGUAGAUGUAGUCAGGAAAUUCACAUUUGUAGGAUUUCAUAUCCGUAAUAUUAUACAAAAGGUUUAAAUUCUGGAACCCCAUUAUUCAGAAUUAUAAUAUUCAACAGUAUCUCAGAAAAGAGUACUCGUUAGUUUUCAUUUGAAUGAUCACACCAGUGCCUGAAAAGCUUUUCUCAUAUUUUGCUUUUUGGGGCCAUUGAAUGUGUGUCUUAGUUUAUGAUUUAGUUAAAAAAUGAUUGCCUGGCCCUUGCUACAAUUACCAUAAUUUUUCUGUUAAUACUCAAAGUUGUGGCAGGGCUAGCCUCAUGUAUUGAUUUUGUCUCGUUUGAGAGGCAUUUAGUGUAAAAUAAUUUAUCAAAAGCACUUCUGAAACCUAAUUAUAAGAAGAAAGAGGGAUCAUCAAAAUGUUAAAAUACCUGUUUUAUGAAGUCCAUUGCUUGCCGUAAGUAUCAUGGGACAAUCAUUUAACUAUCUAACUAGAUAUAUGCUCUUGUUUUUUCAAAGUGAUAGCUCUGUAAUUCUCAGUUUUCACUCAAGUGGGAAAGCAGAAAUAAGAAUGGAAACUUUUUAAUACAGAAAGUCUCGAAUCUGGGAAUUGAAAGAGGAUAAAUAUACCAAAAGCCUUGCCAAGAAUCAGGUCUAUGCAAUAGUUCAUAUGCGAGAUAUUCGGAAAAACGUUUUACCCAAAUUUAUAUAGUUUUGUGUGGAGACGCCAUGUUUGUGUUCCUUUCAGGGGCACAAAUAUGGCCGCCGGAAACCAACAGAAACAUCUGUUUUUGAGUUUUCCUACUUAUGUGUGAAUUCGUCGCUUGAGGAACUCAUAAAGAUUAAAGCAAUAUUUAUUCUAAGACAAGGAAUGUUCAGAUAGCAAAAUCUCCAAAAAUCCGUAAUGUUUUUAACCCACAUAAGAGCUUUCCCAGCCGCCUGCUAAAUGCCGCAUCACGCAAAAGCCUGGAAAUUCAAGCGUCCUGUAUCGCAAACAAACAACCCUUUUGAACCGAAAAUUUAUUUGUAUAAAGGUUUUAAGGUGCUCUAAUAUCACAUGAAAGUAGAAACUCAGAAGAAGCAAUCGAUAGUUUCUUAGUUUGAAUUUUGGUGAUGCCAUGAACCAAGAAUAGUAAGUUUACAUUAUACUGUUUUCUGUUUUAGUGCCUCUGUACCUUCAUGCUUCUUUUUAUCAACAAUCCUUGGAGGUGCAAGUCUGGUUUUUACAAGUUUGAUAUAUUUGCGAGCAGCAAUAGCAGGGGAGACAUGGAAGCCAUGUUUACCUGAAAAGAAAGCUGAUAACACUAAAAAGCAAAGUGAACCUCCACCUCAACCACCGCCUCGAGGGCCACGAUCACGCAGCCUUGAUAACUUGGCCGUGGAGGAUGAUACCAAACAAAAUCAAGUCUAA